CAAGAGGAAGGUUAGAGAAUGACCCCCUCUUCCCAAACAGCUCAUAGUUUGGCUUUAGGGCACACGCCUAGCAGAUGAGCAAUACUGCAGCUAGCCCGAUGUCAACUGUUGCCUCUUCAAGCAGUGGAAGGGGGAUAGGAAAAUCAACAAGCUUCACUCCUGAACUGCAAAGUAUGAUGUUUUCCUUAGGGGAUGCUCGCAGGCCACUUCAUGAAACAGCAGUGUUAGUGGAAGACAUUGUCCACACUCAGCUGAUUAAUUUGUUGCAGCAAGCAGCUGAAGUUUCUCAGUUGAGGGGAGCACGAGUCAUCUCUGCUGAAGAUCUUCUGUUUUUGAUGCGCAAAGAUAAGAAAAAACUGAGAAGGCUGCUUAAAUAUAUGUUUUUCCGAGACUACAAAUCUAAAAUUGUCAAAGGCAUUGAAGAUGAUGAUCUUGUUGAAGACAAAUUCAACAGUAGCAGCGUCAACAAAAGGCAGAAACUUGCUCAAGACUUUCUCAACUCCAUUGAUCAGACUGGAGAGCUCUUAGCUAUGUUUGAAGAUGAUGAAAUCGAUGAUGUUAAGCUGGAGAGGAUGGAGAGAGCAGAAAGGCAAACACGGAUGAUGGACUCAGCCCAGUAUGCAGAAUUCUGCGAAAGUCGACAGCUGAGCUUUUCUUUUCCUUUUAACCCGAGUACGAUGGUGAUGGGUGCUUGUAUAAAUCCUACAGCCAAGAAAGCGUCCAAGUUUCGUGAUUGGUUAGACUGUAGCAGCAUGGAAAUAAAACCAAAUGCAGUUGCCAUGGAGAUUUUGGCAUAUUUAGCCUAUGAGACUGUGGCACAGUUGGUGGACUUGGCUCUCUUGGUCAAACAGGAUAUGGCUCCGAAAGCAGGCGAUCCGUUCAGCCAUGCAAUAUCUGCUACUUUCAUACAGUAUCACACCUCUGCUGAGCCACAUCUCUUAGGCCAAGCCACAAGUAUGAAGACCAGUCUCGACUCCCCUGAAAAUACACCACCCCCUACACCUACUCCCCCAACAUCAGCAGGAUCACAACACCUUGGAAAAACCCAGUCUGGAGCCAUGGGGAAUGGAGGCAUUGGACAAGAUUCUACCAAAGCCAAGCAAAGAAAAAGAAAAAAGAGCUCUGCAGCCUGUGGUAUAGAGGCUCAAAGCGAUGCCAUCCAGCCUGGCCACAUCAGAGAGGCCAUUCGACGUUACGGCCACAAGAUUGGCCCCCUUUCCCCAUUCACACAAACCAUGGCAAAAGAUCUUGGCUCCUUGACAUCAAUAACUUUGCUUCUACUCAACUUGGAACUGUUUGGGCAGGCUUUCAAAAAUAAAAAAGCAUCGACAAUGAAAUUUGGAACCAAGCGGAUGAUCACAUGUGGUAUCUUUCCCGGCCUAAAUGGCUACACCAGAACGAUCUGUUAGAAGACUGCAGCUUGCAGGU